AUGUCACAAAAUCUUUCAUCUCCUUGCAAAUUGCGAGUUGCGGUCAUCGGCGGCGGAAUUUCUGGCCUUGCCACCGCAGCAUUUUUACGCAAGUGCCCACAGUACAGUAUCACUGUUUAUGAGCGGCGAGCUGCAGACUUUAAAGAGACUUCCGCCACAUUUGGUCUCCGAGGAAGCGGUAUCUCCAUCGUGAAGCAGUUAGGCAUCACUAAACAGGAGAUCAACGGAAUUGUUGGGGCCGGUUAUAGGAUAUACAACACUCGGGAAGAGCUGAUGAGCAAAGCCCAGCUGGGUAAUGGACCAGACGGGGACGGGGAUUUGUGGUUUGUGUUCCGUCAGGAUUUGAAAGAUGCCUUGCUUCGUCGAGCGACGAGCGAGGAAGGAAAGGGAAAGCCGAUUCAGGUUAUUUACGGUAGUCACAUUGUGCGUGUUGACCCUGAAGCCGGGCGUAUUCAUUUUACAGACCGGGCCUCAGUCGACGUGGACUUGAUCAUUGGCGCCGACGGUAUCCAUUCGAAAGUUCGUACCGCAAUGAUUCCGCCAUCACACCCUCAGCCUGCCCCUUGCGGACUCUCUGUGUAUCGUUUUAUGAUUCCUAUGGAAGUCUUCAAGGAGUCAAUGGCAGCUGAAGGUCGCAUGCCGGAUAUGUUCAACUACGAGGAGGGAUAUUUCAUCGCCAUUGUUGCCGCGGGUGAUGAAGGUAACCGCAACGUUGUGAUGCUGCCCUGCCGUGGGCAUCGGUUUAUGAGUGUUGCCUGUGCGGUCCCCGACUCAAUCUUGAAGAAUCCAGCCCGUCUCGAGUAUUCUUGGAAUGCCAAGGGUAGCGUGGAGGAGUUGGUGGACAAUGUCCGCGGGUUCCCCGAGUGGCUGGGACGCCUAUAUGGCCGCAUGUCUCAAGUUGAGCUCUUUCAAGUCCGUGAUCAGGAGCCCUUGCCUAGUUAUGUUAACGGUCGGGCCGUUUUGAUCGGGGAUGCCGCUCAUCCAAUGGUCCCAUACCAAGGACAGGGAGCUAAUCAAUGCCUAGAAGAUGUGGAAGGGCUCCACACCAUCCUUGAGAAUCUCUCCAACGGAGACUUGAUCCCGGACCAACUGCGGGUUUGGGACAGCAUUCGACGACCACGGGCGUCGGCAGUUCAACAAAGCGCGCGUGUAUCGCAGUCCAAGAUCUCGACCAAGGAGGCGACACAGGCACUCUUGGCGGUGAAGCCCUACGUGAGAAUGAAGGAUGCACUUGCGGCACGGGGUGCGACUCAGGCCGUUGAAAAUCCGCAUUCUACUCUUGCUGGUCGCGGAUACUCCUACUCAGAAAUUUGGAGUGUGGUAGCCAAUACGCAGAGUACAUCGUUUAAGGAGCUGGAGGGUACAUUGCGGGAUCGAGCAAUUGAUGCCAUAUCGCAGGCAAUGCGGAUGACCUUUGUGCUAGUUCCCGUUGCUAGAACCGUUAUGUUCGUUGCGGCAAUGCUCAUGAAAUGGGAGAAGCCUUCUGGCUAUGGUGUUGCUGUGGGUGGUUAA